AUGGAUUCACAGAUUUUCUUCACGGUGUGGAUGUUAACAGCAGUUGGCUUGUGUCUGUGUGAAAAUCAUCAAAUAAUUGGACCGCUAAAUGGAGCAGUAGGAGGGAGUGUGGAGUUCAGACUCAUCAACCCACCAUCUGUAACACCUGAUGCAUUCACCUGGAGUUUUGGAACUAUACAGAUAUGCACUGCCGUUGGUGGUCCAGCGUCCAUAUCUCCUACUUACCGUGCCAGAGCCUCUGUGGAUGGAACCACAGCUACACUGGUGCUCAGGGACCUGACUCUCAGUGACACUGGGGAGUACAAAAUAGAGAUUUUCACUAAUGGUGUGGAAAACAAUGCAGCAGCGACACUGACAGUAUUUGAGAGAAUCUCCAAUGUGACACUAGCAGCCAAUCAGACUGAGCUGGUGGAGUUCAACCGCUCUGUCACUCUCACAUGCUCCGCCUCUGGCUCCUCCCCCUCAUUCCAAUGGUUCAACAGGAGUGAGGAGGUCACAGGAAGUGAUGGAGGGACUCUGACCAUAGAGAGUGUGACUCGCUAUGAUACUGGGCCAUACAAGUGCAAUGCAUCCAACAUCGUCAGCUUUGGAAUGAGCUCUGAGGUCACUAUGACCAUUGCCUAUGGUCCAGACAAUGCUGUAGUUAGAGUGACACCUGAAGCUGAGUUCUACAGCUCAGGAUCUACUAUCGUCCUGUCCUGCUCCUCUGAGUCCAGCCCUGCUGCCCAGAUCCAGUGGGCUCUGAAUGGAACCCUGCUGGGUAAAGAGGGACCAGAACUCAGACUGGAGAAUGUUCAGGCCAGUCAGAGUGGAGAAUACACCUGCUGGGCCCAUAAUAGUGAAACCCAGAGGUAUAAAUUAUCAUCUCCAACAAGCAUCACAGUGCUGGAGCGAAUCUCCGGUGUGACACUAGCGGCCAGUCCGACUGAACUGGUGGAGUUCAACAGCUCUGUCACUCUCACAUGCUCCGCCUCUGGCUCCUCCCCCUCAUUCCAAUGGUUUAACAGGAGUGAUGAGGUCACAGGAAGUGAUGGAGGGACUCUGACCAUAGAGAGUGUGACUCGCUAUGAUACUGGGCCAUACAAGUGCAAUGCAUCCAACAUCGUCAGCUUUGGAAUGAGCUCUGAGGUCACUAUGACCAUUGCCUAUGGCCCAGACACUGCUGACAUUAGAGUGACACCUGCCGAGGAGUUCUACAGCUCAGGAUCUACUAUCGUCCUGUCCUGCUCGUCUAUUUCCAGCCCUGCUGCCCAGUUCCAGUGGGCUCUGAAUGGAACCCUGCUGGGCAAAGAGGGACCAGAACUCAGACUGGAGAAUGUUCAGGCCAGUCAGAGUGGAGAAUACUCCUGCUGGGUCCAUAAUAGUAAAACCCUGAGGUAUACAUUGUCAUCACCAACAAGCAUCACUGUGUAUGAAAGGGUAUCUGAUCCUGCCAUAACAAUCUCUGGUAGUCCUGGUCCCCUGGUAGCAGGUAAAAGUUCUGUGAGCUUAACCUGUGAGGCCAAGGGCAACAUCACCACCAGGAAGUGGAUGAAGAAUGGAGGAAAUCUGUCUCCAGAACCAGACAGAGUCACCAUCGGUGAAGACAACAGAACAGUGUCCAUCAGUCCAGUACAGAAAGAAGACACAGGAGAUUAUACGUGCCAAGUUAGCAACCCCAUCAGUAAUGUGGAGGCCUCUGGAAUACUGAAAGUAAACUAUGGACCAGAGGCUGUUUUCAUUAAGGGAGAAGGCAAUGGAGGAGCCAUAAAGUUUGUCCAUCAGAUCAAUUUGAUCUGCUCAGUUGAGUCUGUUCCUGACUGCACCUACACCUGGACAUUAAAUGGGACACAUGAGAUAGGAACCGGAGCAUCGUAUAUUAAAGAGAAGAGUGUCUAUGAAGACAGUGGAAUCUACAUCUGCACGGCUUCAAACAGCAUCACUACAGGAACAAGCAAGGGGGGUUAUGAGCUAUCUGUUAAAGUGCCUGGCUCGUGUGGACACAGUGGAUUGUCUGUUGGAGCCAUAGUGGGAAUAGUAGUAGCUGUUAUAAUUGCCAUCGCUGCAGCAGGGAUUGGAAUGGUCUUUGAGAAACACAUCUACACAAAGAGGUGA